AUGAGAUCUAUUGAAAUAGUAUGUGUCGUCGUUUCUGACAAGCGAGAAUUGAAAAUUACUGAGCUCCAGAUAAAAGGCAUAAGCCAAACCGAUGCGACGAUUAUGUCGUCCAGGAACAACGGCCAGCGAUCUCGAUCUGGGUGCAGUAACUGCAAGAAGGCUAAGAUAAAAUGCGAUGAAAAGAAGCCUACCUGCAAAAACUGCAUCAAGAAGGGAAAUAGUGAUUGCGAUUACUCUUUACACUUGAAAUGGGGCGGGAGGCCGGCUCGCAACUCCAAGAAGAUCAUAAAAGACCUUCCAGAUGCUGCUUUUGUUAACGGGGUGCUAACCAUUGCCAGAAAUUUGAAUAAGAGUGCGAAAAAGGCCACAUUUAACUUUGGUCUUGAGGGCACUGGAGCUCAAGCCCUAAAAGAUUCUUCACUCACAACUCCAUCCCAAGACAUUUUACUUACAGCAACUGACAAGGGCACAGAUUUGCUAGAUGGUUUUUCGGCUCAGAAUGCUUUGCUCUUUCCAGAUCCACUGAGUGAGGUCGCUUUACAAAAUUCAAUCUUGGACAGUAUCAGCCCUCAAACCUUCUUCAAUCCAGUGGCUGUACAUAUUCCCCCACCAUGUCCUAACAUACUUUUUGCGUCCUCGUUCCAUUCAGAACUGUUUGGGUUUUACCUUCAGGAGACCUCGCAGUUAUUUGUGCCAACACCUCGCCAUGCAUACGAAUCGAACCCGUUUAACACUAUUCUUCCACAAAUGGCAAUGCAGAAUACAACACUAAUGAAGCUAAUUUUGGCAUUCGCAGCUAAUCAUCGCAAACAGAUAUCGAAAUAUAAACGAGAUCAGCAACAUUCAUUGCAGCUAGCGCAUGGAUGUGAUAGAGCAAUACAGGAUGGAAACUUUGCCGACAGGUUGCUGAGUGAAACUUUUGUUCAAUUACUUUCUGACGUGACUAAUCAAGAGCAGAGAUAUACACACACGACACUGGCCACAGUUCUUAUGUUAGCAGGCUUUGACAUUUUUUUCAGUGACACCAGAAACAAGUGGAGGGCACACAUUUUCGGCGCACGAGGUUUGAUUUUAGAUAAGUUAAGGAUUGGAGGAGAAAAUAUACUUCAGGUCUCUUCCAUAGGAAAAGGUUUGGAUGCUGAAACGUUUCUGAACCAUUGGUUUUCGUAUUUGAACAUUAUUGGAUCGCUUUCAUCGGUAAAAAAAAUAGUGCCUAUUGAGAAGUUGAGGCCUUUGUCUUAUCAAUUUGAACAUCAAGGGACAAAAAGAGCCAUAUAUGAGCGAAGAAAGGCUUUAAAAGACAUCGAUUACUUCACUGGUUUGGAGACUAAAAUUCUGUCGUUAUUGGCCGAUGUAGCUCAUCUGGUGGAUCGAAAAGAAUCUUUGCUAGAAGCCUACGAAUUGCGACCGCUGUUUUUGGAGGCCCUGGAUCUGGACCAUAAGAUUCUCACGUAUAUAAACGAAUCUGAAUCAGAACGAGAUGAAAUCUACCGUCAAUUCUACGCGAUUUGUCCGCAGGGCUCUGGAGGGGAGGUGGGAUAUGACACCUAUAAAAUGCUAAGGGCCACUAACGCGGUAUUCGGUCUCACGGGUGUGCUGCAAUUGAAAAGAAGGGUUCUUGAAAUUCCACAGGGAAGUCCAGCCGUGAAUGAGUUACUUUUGCGAAUUUCCAAGCUAAUUCAUGAGGAGAUUCCAUUCAAUUCAUCAGCCGAGUCAUGUAUUACCUUCUGCUUGUUCUGCUGUGGAUGCGAGCUGGUGGGUAAGGAUUUGGUCGCCAGUCGCCCCAUCUUCACGUCCCACGUAGAAACGCUAAUGAAGAAGGGAAUGGCAAGCGCGAACCAGGCCAAGAUCGUCAUGGAAGACUGCUGGAAGUAUAAGAAGAGCUGGUGGGAAAUACUGGAAGAGCGGAAUUUGGACUUGGCUUUCGCCAUAUGA